AUGUUUGCCGCGGGGUUGGCCUCCAUCGUGGGCCUGGCGACCUAUGCCUACAGCUACAACUUGUCUCGGUUCAAGUUCGAUGCCAAGCUGCGCCAGGAAUCCCGAUAUCACUACCAGGACAUGAGGAUCGAGCUGUGGAAGCUCUUUCGCGAGGACGUGCGCGAUGUCUUCGAGCUCACGCGUGCGAACAUGGACAACUACAUGGUCGUGGGUGUCUUGAUCAUCGCCUCGGUCAUGAACUUCAUGGCUGUGGGGUAUCCGACCUUCCCGAUGGAGCCGCCCUGGCUGGUGGUCAUCUGGAACAACAGCGUCUUCUCCUGUGUCAUCUUUGGCAUGGUGGGCGUCUGGCUGGCCAUGCACGGCUCCAUCGCGGCCACCUCGGCAUCGACGAAGAUCCUGACGCAGGCCGUUCGGCCGCCGGUGGCGUCGCUUGUAGAGGUCAGCCACGGCAUGGUACAACAGGAGGACUACGAGGCAGGAGGUCCCAGGAGGUACGGCCAACUGCCGAACUUCCAGGGUGAUCCAGUUCUUCCCAGCAGGGACCGGGUGACCAUGGAGACGCCAGGCGUUGUGCGCUCGCACUCUGUGCCGGUCAUCUCCCACGACUCUCCAAGAGGACGGGCCCGGUCCCCCCGGAGCCCGCGACGCCGAAAGGCUCAGGACGCGGACGGGCUCAAGUGGCUGGAGGAGUCUGCGCAUGCGUCGGUGGAUAUCGUCGAACAGUUGCAGACCGAGGAUUCAGGCCCCGGCUCCAGUGCGGCGCUGUACUCGCAUUUUUGGAUGCUGCGAAAGGUGCAGCGAGGCUAUGCGUGCUUCGACGCCUACGCCCGGAUCAGCCUCGCCGUGUCUGCACAACAGCUGCUUCUGGUCGAGGCAUACUACUCCCUGGGCCACUUUAUGUCGAAGUCGGACGGGUGGCCUUCUCCCGUCCAGAACACGGAGGGAGCCUGGCUGGCGUUGCUGUCGGGCGUCUACGCUUGCUGGAUCCUCUUCAGGCUGGAUCUGUAUCUCAAGAAGAAGCAGAGGCUCCUUGUGCAGAUCGGUCUCUGGCUGGCGCCUCUGACUGCCGCCUUCGCCACGCAGCUGUUCAACAUCCGCACGAAGCAUGGAGAAGGAGGUGUCAGGCCAUGCGACCAGGUAGUGCCCUGCUGGGUGCCCUGGCUGGGCGCGAUCCUGGCCUGCCUUUGCCACUUCUUUUGGAUUUUGAUCAUCCUCUACGUCUCCACACCGGUUCUGGCCACCGCAGAGCUUCCCGUGGCCUUCCGAUCUGCGAUCUACCUCGAUGUGUUCGGCUGGCACAGCAAGUACUUCAAGCCGUCUCUAGUCCACAAUGCCAAGGGUGACAUCACGCAUUGGGAGGCUUCAGAUAUGAUGCAGUCGCCCGUGCCAGCGGCUGAGCUGGAGCAGGAUGACCAACGGCGGGUUUUCGUCGCAUUCAAGGAGGGAAAGCGGCUUCUGCGAGGUCUCACGAAGCUCACGGAUCCAGAAGUCUGCAAGCACUUCCGGGACGAGGACAAGCGCCUGGCCCGGGAACUGCAUGAGAUCCUGCAAGAGCUUCUCAAGGAGCUGGAAACCCAGCUAUCCAUGCCGUGGAGCCGGCAAAUGAGUCGAUCGUCCGAUGGAAUGAGCAGACAGACCUCGCCUUUCGGGUCGACUUGGCUUCAGAGUGGGACGGAUGAUGGCAGCGGCCAUCUUCUCCCGUAUUGGAUCGACUGUACCAGCGGCAUGAUUGUCUGGUCGCGACCAGAUGGGCACAUCUUGGACUUGGUCCGCCUCGGGCAAUCCGUAGAGGAGCUGCAGGACAAGGUGAGCUCCACGGCCGACAAAACGGACCAUCUCAUAGCCUCAGAGGCACUACCUUUCGAGCUGAUGCCCGUCUACCCCGACACGGAUGACAGCAGUUCCGGUCUACCUUGGAAGUGCCUGCAGCGUAGCUGUCAGGCGCAGAUGGUGAUCUGGAUCAUGUCGCUACUCGUUGUCCUCUUCGAUCCCGUCUAUUACGAUACGCCCAUCGCGCCCAGGGAGCUCUACGACCCGCAUGCGUUGAUGAAGAUGAAGACGGAGUGGCCCCACAAGCGCUUCCGCCCCUCGGCGAUCGCCUGUGCCGGCGACGACACCAUCUACAUCGGGGAUCAGUUCGCAGUCUAUGCUUCCGACCUGUACUGGACGGGCGAGAAGAUCGAGGUUCACAGCGCGGACACACACACAAGGAGUGCCCGCAUGCGGCAUGCCCUACACGAUCGUCUCGUGGCGAAUGCAGGCGGCACAGAGAUUUUGCAGCUGCAGAACCUGACGGUGGAGUCGGCGAUACCGUCCCUGGAGUUGGAGUCGUCCUGGUCCAGCCUGGCCAUCAUCCGGCAAAAGGGUAAGAUCCUGUUUCUGACCACUGAUGGGCAGCUGGUCCUAGAAAAGUCGUUGUAUCCAUGGAUCCCGGGACAACGGACUUGGCGUCUUGGCCCUACACUGCCGCACAAGCGGCUCCUCGCAAUCGCCGUCGUGGAAGGGCGUCAUGCCGGGAUCUGCGGUCGCCGGCACUCCGGCUUCACGAACAUGGGCUGGGCCGUCAUUGCAGCCACCGACUCCGGACAGGUGAUCGUCUUGUGUCCCACCCAGCAUGGUGAGCUGCAUCCCGUCGAGAUGCUCCUUUCCUUACGGAGACGCUCUGUUGCUGGCACAGUAGUGGAGAUCAUCGACUCCCACACCGGCUCGAAGUCGCCCCGUCGGCAGCGCAUCAUCGGCAUCGUGGCGGACUACGACUUGGAUGUCCUUUGGAUUCUUUCCCAGACUUCGGAUGGCGAGGGCGCCGUCUUGGUUUUCGACCUCCAGACCCGGGACAUUGCGCACCAGUGGCCGUUGCCCUCUGGGCGCUGGUGGGUGCCCGGCCUCUGCGAUCUGGGCCCAGGUCAAGGAAUGCUUCUCGGCGCCGCCGCGGACACGAAGACUCACGCCGGCGCCGAGAUCUGGCGGUUUCUGCCGGUGUUGGGGCGUCGUGCACGGAGGCGCUGGGUGAAAGCGACGGCAGAGAUGCACAGACAACUCCUUAUGGAGUGA